CGCACGAAGAACAACAUCGCAACCGAGGACCUCUGUGCCGCAUCCAUUCUCGACGAAGCAGUGUUUAAUCUUCGCAACGUUCUCUGGACGUCACAGUCUGGUCGGCAGGCCACUCACACAAUCACAUGAACUGAGUUACUCGCGAAAUCGCCGUCAAAAUGGAUUGGAACAACCUUCGAGAUCAGGUCAGCAACCUGAGUCUCUACGAUGUCAAAGCGAGUAUUCGCAAAGUGCAAAAUGCCGUCAUGAACUACACGGAAAUGGAGGCGAAAGUCCGUGAAGCCACAAACAAUGAACCUUGGGGUGCGUCGUCUACUUUGAUGCAAGAAAUUGCGAGCGGCACCUUCAACUAUCAGCUCCUGAACGAGAUCAUGCCCAUGAUUUACAAGCGAUUUACCGAAAAGUCAGCAGAGGAAUGGCGGCAGAUCUACAAGGCGCUUCAACUCAUGGAAUUCCUCGUCAAAAAUGGAUCGGAAAGAGUUAUUGACGAUGCGCGCUCGCACCUCUCGCUUCUCAAGAUGCUUCGACAAUUUCACUACAUCGACCAGAACGGCAAGGAUCAGGGACUCAAUGUCCGCAACCGAAGCAAGGAGCUCACCGAUCUUCUGAGCGAUGUCGAGAAGAUUCGCGCGGAGAGGAAAAAGGCUCGAACUACGCGAAACAAAUACAGCGGUGUUGAAGGUGGCGCAGGCGCCGGUCUCGGAGCCAGCAGCAGUCGAUAUGGUGGAUUCGAGGGCGGCAGUGGCGGCACACCGUCAUUCGGAAGUGGAUACGGCGGACAGACUCGUGGUGUCUAUGGUGACGGUGGCGGUUUCGGCGGCGAGGCCCACGAUGAAUACAACGAGGGAGGCCGGACAGGAGGCAGCGAGCGUUUUGAUGAGUAUGACGAGUAUGAUGAUGGCGGCGCUCAUGCUGCGCCUGGCCGACGGAAAGCGGAUGCAAGUGCAGGCAAGAAACCUACAGCAACAGCAUCAGCCGCCAAGAAGGCCGAACCAGCGAAGCCGAAAGCGCCUGAGGUGGAUCUGUUUGAAUUUGGUGACGAUGAGCCUGCGACAUUUACUUCUGCGCCGGCUGCUUCGUCGGCUUUAAGCGCUCCGCCAGCGCCCGCACCAGCUCAGCAUGAUGAUGACGACUUUGAUGAUUUCCAAUCGGCUGCGCCAGCUUCAAACGCAGCGCCUGCACCACUGCCGAAGCCAAACUACAGCUCACUAUCUACCCCGGCUCUGUCUGCGUCAUCCUCGGGCGUCCUCUCACCACCGCCGGCAGCUUCAUCUGGUCCUAACUACUCCAACUUUUACGCAGCCCCUACUCCGGCCAGCUCGGGUUUCGCAACACCGGCGGCUGCACAGCAACAACAGCAGCAACCCAAGCCAAGCGGCUACCAGCCUGCUGGACCCAACUACUUCACCUCUGUGCCCGUCCCUACCGCGGGCAGCGCCACCGCUUCAGGCACCAGCACCCCAUUCGGCGGACUCUCCUCCGGGACCAACAAGCCCGCCGCCCGGACUGGCGGUGCAGGCGGCGAUGCCUUCGCCAGCUUGCUGUCUGGCUCAUCCAAGAAGUCCGCGACCACGGGCAACAAGGGUCUGACCAUCGCCGACAUGGCUAAGCAGAAAACACAGGCUGGACUUUACGGCGCGCCCGCAGCGGCGGCUUCCCCGGCAGCACCUGCAAAGCCUUCGACCGGAAGCAACGGAUUGGAUGAUCUGCUUGGUUGAGGAAAGUAAACGGAAACUUUUGGCAUGUUUUCCUCUCACGACAGGGCGUGUUGUCACACCGAAUCUCAAGUCAGCAAGCCUCGGGACGACGCAUCGGGAAUCGAUGCUCGGCGCCGACGAGGCUUUCGGCUGGGAACACGAUUGGAGGCUCAAAUUGCGAAGAGUUCUCAUUUGGUUGUGCGUGGAUGGCUGUGGGAGUGCCAGUCGAGUGAUGCAAUGACGAGUUCGUGCUUCGAUAGUCUAGCGAUGUUGGAGGAGAAACGGAAUAGACAAAAAGAAUGGCGAGCAAUUCUCAGCGAUCGAAACGUGGUCCAUGAGAUAUCAGUCGAAACUUGCAGCGCAGGAAAGCGCGACUUCUUGACAUAACGAUCACCCGUAGUACAAUUUUGUUUAUUUCUGUCAUCAAGCAGGCUGCACUUCUACAGGCGCUAAUCAUCCACGAG